UUGAACACUUUGACUUGUUUAGUUCAAUUGAGUUGCUGACAAAGCCGGCGGCUUUCCAUGUCUAUCUCCUCCGCUUCCCGCCGCGCCGGCGCCGGCGCUCUCCCCCUGCUCCGCCGGAUCGGCGCCGCGCUCCGCCGCCCCUUCUCGUCGGAGCCGGACCCCGCCUCCGCCCCAGGGUACCACGUCGCCGGCGGUCCCAGCUUCAUGCGAGGCACGGUGUUCUGGGAGACCGGCCGGCCGCUCACCAUCGAGGAGUUCCGCAUGCCGCGCCCCAAGGCCGGCGAGGUCCUCAUUAAGACCAAAGCUUGUGGGGUUUGCCACUCCGAUCUCCAUGUUCUCAAGGGUGAGCUCCCAUUCUCAAGCCCUUGCGUUGUUGGACAUGAGAUCACUGGGGAGGUUGUUGACCAUGGUUCUCACACUCCUGCUGAGAUCAUCAACAGGUUCCCAGUUGGCAGUCAUGUUGUUGGUGCGUUUAUAAUGCCCUGUGGGAAUUGCUUCUACUGUGUUAAGGGUCAAGAAGAUCUAUGUGAGUCUUUCUUUGCAUACAACCGUGCUAAAGGAACACUGUACGAUGGUGAAACCCGAUUAUUUCUUCGGAGUAAUGGAAAGCCAGUGUACAUGUACAGUAUGGGUGGGCUUGCAGAAUAUUGCGUUGUCCCGGCCAAUGCACUAGCAGUUCUUCCCAAUUCGCUGCCAUACACAGAGUCUGCGAUUCUAGGAUGUGCCGUGUUCACUGCAUAUGGUGCCCUGAGGCAUGCUGCUGAAAUGCGUGCUGGUGAUUCAGUAGCCGUGAUUGGAGUCGGAGGGGUUGGGUCAAGCUGUUUACAGAUAGCAAAAGCCUUUGGAGCUUCUGAAGUCAUUGCAGUGGAUGUUCUUGAUGAGAAACUCCAGAAUGCUAGAACACUUGGAGCAACCCAUACUGUAAAUGCAGCAAAAGAAGAUGCUGUUGAAAGGAUUAAGGAAAUUACUGAUGGGAGGGGUGUGGAUGUAGCUGUGGAGGCACUUGGCAAGGCAUUGACGUUUUCUCAGUGUGCCAAAAGUGUACGAGAUGGAGGCAAAGCUGUGAUGAUUGGGCUUGCUGCAACAAAUGUUAUGGGAGAAGUGGAUAUAACCCGUCUUGUUCGCCGACAGGUGAAGAUCAUUGGGUCGUAUGGUGCGAGGGCCAGGCAAGAUCUUCCUCAGAUAGUCAAGCUAGCUGAAAGUGGGGCCUUCAAUCUUAAGAACACUAUAUCAAGGAAAUGCAAGUUUGAAGAGGCGAACAGCGCCUACGAGGACCUUGACCAUGGCAAGAUCGUUGGGCGAGCUGUAGUUGAGAUCAUGUAGUGAUGACAUAAUUCUGUGGUUCACAGUCUGGAACUCUUGGUCAGACAAAUAAGUAGGCUGUGACACCACAUAUUCCAUGAACACCCCACUCCCUGAUUUGUGUAAGAAGCCAGCAUGUCUGAAAUUGUUUAUGGUAAACUAACAGGGAGAUCUUUA